ACAAGAGGGCGACAAGUUAAAAUUUAUGGACUAAUGGAGGAAAUAUAUUUAACGUGACAGUAAAUAUGAGUCUUUCGUGGAGUAUUUUAAGGAAAUUAUAUAAGCUUCCCAGAACAGUUUUAAAAAGAUCAGCCUUUAUUUCUUCAGAUGGAUGUGUACGAUAUAAAUAUACAGCUCAGUUAUGUGUGGAUGUACAGAAAGAAUUUGAUCAAGGCCAGUUAAAGUACAAGAAACAUCCAGGAAUUAGACAAAGUUAUGUUCACCUCCCACAGGAACUACAGAUAGCUGCAGAAAAAGUACUGAAUGGCUCAGGUGUACAUAUAAAUCACCUUAGACAGGAAUCAGUGAAUCUUUGGAACCUGCUUUGGUCUCGAAAGAUACCUGUUGAGGAAUCAGAGUUGCAAGAGAAAGCCUUAUUGCUUGAAAAACAGGAAUUGGAGAAAGAUUACAGGAAAUUGCAAGAAAGCACCACAGAAGAAAAGGAGAAGCUGGAACAGAGCAGGAAGGAUAGAGUUCUCUAUAGACUCAAGCGAACCAUGUAUCACUGGAAACCUAUAGAUUAUAGUUAUCAUCAAGGGUUACUCUACUUGGCUGGACGUUUAGCACCUGAUUACGCAUCACUCACGCAGAUAUUUUCAGAGGUUUGUUCUCUUUAUGUUUUUAGGGCAGCUCAUUCAGCAUGGGGAGGAUCAAUAAUAGAGUAUUUUUGUGUGGAUGUAUCAAGUGAUAUGAAUAAUCUUUCUCAGCUUUUGGUUCAAGGCGGAGACGAGAACAGCAGGAUGUUUAUGGAUGGUAUUUUUUUCAGACAGUUCUUGCCUGCUUCUAAUGAGAGAACGUACGAUAUAGUGACUUCUUGCUACAGUCUUCUUGAACUACCUUCUGCCAGUGAUAGGUUCAAUCUCAUUGAUCAACUGUGGAGAAAGACUGUAGAUAUGUUGGUGAUAAUAGAAAAUGGUACCAAGGCGGGUCACACUGUUGUUCUUGAAGCUAGAGAUCGUAUUCUUCAGAAACAUUUUGACGAAGAAGAAAAACCAUGUGUUUUAGCUCCAUGUCCUCAUAACAUGGAGUGUCCCGUAGCAGACAGUAAAAUUCCCUGUAACUUUGAAGUCUCGUAUAUUCCUCUUCUGAAUGAUAAGACAAUGAAGAAAUGUAACCACAGAUAUUCAUACGUUGUUCUCAGGAAAGGAAGAAAUGGAAAUAAGUGGCCAAGAAUUGUUGAACCAGUUCUUCCUAGAAGAAAACACGUUGUGUGUCGAAUGUGCUGUAAUGAUGGCCACCUCCAUGAGGUCAUCUUUACCAAAGCUAAACAUAAAGGACAUUUAUACCGUUGUGCACGUAUUAGCCAUUGGGGAGACCUGUUGCCUGUAGAUGUUGCCCCAUCUCCAGUGAAGGAAAGUAAAUUCGAAAGCUGACCUUUGAUGGCGAACCACUAUUACUAAAUAUAUGAAAAGCACAAAGCUGUUAUUUGUUUAAUAAACUGAGAACUUCUACAAGUCUAGACUUGCAGCUUUAGUUUUCACGUCCUCCAAGAAGAGAAAUCAACAAAUGUUUACUUCCAAUUCGCAUCAUUUUUCUGUACAAUUAUUUUUGAAUUAUUGAUUUUGCUCUUGAACUUUCAGUUAACACAAUUGAAUUAAACAAUGUAAAAAUAGCAAAGAAAA